UUUUCACCUAUUUUAAAUGAUACUAAUAAUAAUUUCAAAAAUCUCCCUCUCAUUUUAGAUAGCCGAACACCAUCGUUCCAACAAUUCAACCCGCCCAAUGUCCAGACAUUGGUCUCUCAAUAAACAAACACAGCUUUAUUAUGAACUACUUCACCAAGCUGGAGUUUUUGUCAUUCCUUUCAUUUCCCUAUUUGCUUCCUAUUUUUUAAUUGUUCUGAGAGUUAUACGUUACACUCUAAAACCAAAUCAACUAUUAGCUAAUUGUAAUUCUUAUUCUUCAUUAAUUGCCCCAGAAAAUUGGAGUGGAGGAAAUGACGAUAUUAACAACAAAAAACGUCAGCUUUCUUUAAGAAAAUUUUCAAAGGCUAGUAACGGCCAAAUAAAGGGAGAAAUGAGGAGAAGUAGUAGCAUUAGCACCUGGCAAGUUUUUAAUUAGAAAUUGAUUGGGGUACGUCUAGCCGCGUAGCUGAUAAAACAAAAUUUUGUCAACCUAGAAGCGUGAAAUUUUGUUUAGUUAUCCCAAAUAGUGUCAUCUUC